AGUAAUUUCAAAUUCUAAUUGUCAAGUACAUUAGAAUAACAAAAUGCUUGUCAGAAUCCGGUGUUUGAGGAAGUAAAUACGGACACAUGUAUACCAAUGACUUACAAUCAUCUCGGAUAUCUUACUUUACAAAGUUAUCGUGUUAAAAGCAGGACUCGAAAAAUGGAAGUUUAUAUUGUCCGUUGUUGCUUAUAUUACACUGGCUAGUGCCUUGCUCUCUUUUGGAAGAUUUAAAUCAAGUUACCGCGACAAUUUUUCGGUUAAUUGGUUUUAAAGCCAUUCCACCAUGCUGAAAUUAAGGCAAACUCUGGACCGUAUCCGGCACCGUCCGCAAGAUGCAACCGGAACUUCUCGAUCACACCAUCGGAAAUUUCCAAACCUUCGGAAAAAACUACAUUUUUUGUCUAAGCUUAAACCUAGCAAGAAAUCCAAACAUGCCAAAAAUGACAAACAAACUGACAAGAAUGGCUCGUGUGUUGAACUACAGGGAUCCAAAUCAGAGGAAGACAUCAUUAAACAAGAUACAAAGGGAACGCUUGAUAAUGAUAAAGAAUCAAAGGAGAUUGCAGCAGAUGCGAACGAUAAUAACGAAAAUAAAGUAACAAUAACUGUUGAAUGUCACGAUGACACCGACGAUAAGGAUAAUAUCCUGAGAAACAACCGCUCAGUAGAAUCGCUCUUUGACCAAUUAUCUACUGCAUCAAUUGGGACAAGAGAUCAUACUCGUGCUAGCAUGAUCUCACAAAGAUCUAUGUCGAAUUUUUCAAUGCUCAGUUUCAAACAGGAACCAAUAAAACGCACAGUUUGGACACAAACUGAUCUUGUAGAGAAUGCUAUGCAAUCAAACUCUGUGGAUGAUCUAGCAAAAGAGGAUGCGGACGACCUAGCUAGAGAGGAUGCGGACGAAAGCAAGGAAACAGUAAAAACUGAAGCCACAUGUUCCGAUGAUUAUAUGACACCAUGGUCUAGUGUAGAUUUCGGGAUUGAUGACGUGUUUCAUAGAGAGCCUGUGGUGAAUCCAAAACUUGCUUCAAUUAGAGACCGGAUUGUAGAACGCUUAAAGUUUCCAAAACUAGAUCAUAGUGACCCAGAAGUAGUAGUUGAUCUUCUGAAAUAUUCAAAAGUACCAUUCCUUAUUGUUUUAAACAGUAAAAUCUCAAAAGAAGGCGGUUCGUUCAAUGAGGAGUUCAUAGCAUGUCGCGGGCUUGACUUAUUACUGGAGCAAAUGGAGUUUCUCGCCUGUGCGGGAUUGGUGACGUUGUUUGACGUCACGAAGAUGACGUUAUUAUCGGAAUGUGCAACUUCACUUGUCAACUCGGCAUCGGGGAAGGACUUUUUCAUUAACCAUUGGGAAUACGUUAUCUGCCUCGUAAGAGCAUUAGAGACCAAACAUGUAAUGGUGAAGAUACAGAUAUUUGAGUUAUUGUCGGCAUUGUGUGUCUACUCGAAAGAUGGCUAUUACCUGACACUGGAGGCUCUAGAAAGAUACAGGCUUUGGCAGAAAAUGCGAUUCCGAAUGGGUUUACUGGUGAAUGAAGUCAGGCAUUCUGAACUUGCUGCCUACAAGACAAUCAUCAUGGCUCUCAUUAACGCUAUCAUUUUCGCAAAUGAAAACAUUAAAGAUAGGGUUCGAGUCCGGAACGAGUUUCUCGAUUUGAACCUGCAGGAUACAAUCAGCAGUUUGAGAUGCGAGGACGAUCCUGAUUUACUGGUUCAGUGUGACGUGUUCGAAGAAGAAUAUCAUGCCGACACAGAAGCUGUUAUGGAGAGCAAAACAACUGAAAUGAAUGACAUAAACUCCGUUUUUACUGCGGUCCAUGAAAAAUUUCAAGGGACUCCUCACGACACAAUGCUGCUCACUGUGCUACAGUCUUUACUCGACGAUGGGAACGCACACAGUGACAGGAUGUUGACACAUUUAGAGAAAAUGACACAACAAAGUAAUGCAUUUGAUGAAUGUGAUGCAGCAGAAACGGCAACGCCAAUUAGCAAAGAUGAAACAAAGGAAAUGAAUGAUUCUGCCGUCCAAACAGAACUAACAUUAAAAGAUAUAUUGAUACGCUCUGAAACACCGUCUGCAAUAGAAGGGUGUAAUGCAACAUCUGUGCCACAGGCACCUCCUUUGCCACCUUUGGCUGGAGUUCCAAAUGCUCCUCCUCCGCCACAACCACCACCGGCUCCACCGUUACCUGGAACAUCAAAUAUCCCUCCACCACCUCCACUUCCACAGGCACCCGGAGUACCAGUACCGCCACCCCCACCUGGUGUACCAUUACCACCCGGUGUACCUGCCCCACCACCCCCACCAGGAGCACCACCCGCACCAGGAGCACCGCCACCACCUCCUGGUGCACCUAUGUUCGGAAUGCCAGCAGCAACUCAAAACGGUCCACCGCCACCAAAACCAAUUGAGACACCAACUCCUUUUAAGAAAAUGAGAACAUUAACAUGGAACAAGAUCCCAGUUUAUGCUUUCAAGAAGGAAAGCAUUUGGAACCAGGUUCUGAACAUGAAAGAUAAAAUCGACCUUGAUUACACAAAAGUAGAAGAAAUGUUUUCCCAGAAAGAAAUAGCUGCUCCAAAACAACAUACAGACGACAGUAAAGCUCAAAAUAGAACUUCUACACAGGUCCAUGAGGUAACACUUUUUGACCCAAAGAAGGGCAUGAAUCUGAACAUAUUUCUGAAGCAGCUCCGAAAACCAAACGACGUUGUUAUCAAGCAAAUUAAAGAAGGUGAUGCUAAAAAUCUUGGUAUAGAAAAGCUUAAGGGCCUGAUGAAACUUCUGCCGCUGCCAGAUGAGAUUGAGAUGAUUCGAGGGUACGAGGGAGAUACGGAGAGACUUGGUCAGGCAGAAAAGUUUUUUCAUCAAUUGAUACAGUUACCUGACUUUAAGCUUAGAAUCGAAAUGAUGCUUUUAAUAGAGGAUUUCAAUUCACAAGUUGGCACAAUUCGUCCAAAUAUCCAAGUGUUAACAUCUCUCUGCACCAAGUUAAUGGACAAUGAGUCAUUAAGAGGGUUCUUAAGAUUUGUCCUUCAUGCUGGUAACUUUAUAAACAAGGGAAGCAGCGCUGGAGGGGCAAUAGGUAUUCGUGUAGGUUCACUCAAUAAAUUGCUGAUGACAAAGUCUAAUACAGCGAAAAUGACUUUGCUACAUUACCUUGUCGACGAAGCUCAAAAGAAAAACAAAGAUUCACUUACAUUUGUCGGAGAUUUGUUGGAACCUCUACAACAAGCAUCAAGGUUUAGCUUAGAUGGAAUUAUAUCAGAAUUCACAAGCUUACAAAGUAAUGUGCAUCGUCUGAAAGGCUCAUUGGAACAAGCUGAAGAGGAAGUCAAAACACAAUUUUCAGGGUUUAUUUCGGAAGCAGAAAAUGAUCUGACCAGCAUUGAAGGGUCGAUAGACCAGAUUAAAGUGCUAUGUACUAAACUAGCGGUGCAUUAUUGCGAAAACGAAAAGACUUUUAAAGUUGAUGAAUUUAUUGAAGCAUUUAAAGAUUUCUGUGAGAAAGUUAAAUCAUGUGAACAUGAACUUGAAUCUUGGCGAGUGAUGGCAGAGCAAGCAGAGAAAAGACGCACAGCGCAAUUUGGAAAGUCGGAGAAAAGAAAAGGACACUUUGGGUCUUCUAAAUUGUCAGCCGACAAUAAAAAACCAUUUGAAAAUAUUGUAAACGACAUUAGAAAGGGAACAGUUUUGAGGCGGCUUUCGAGCAGAAAAAAAGACAAGUAAAGAUCUCAACACAGUUCUGACAAUUUAACGUUAUUAGCAUAUCUUUCUUUGCAGCUCUAGUCAUGUCUAAAGAAUACCUCAUUGAGGCACUAUUUAUUGAAAAUUUAAUCAGAUGAAAUGAAAUACGAUAGACGUUUGAUGCAUAAUUCCGGAACUCUACGCAUUUACCACGUGAUUCUAAUGCUGUCGCGUAAUUACCACAUCAAUGGUUAUAUCUCAGCGCGUGCGAUAAUCACGUGACACUUGAGUUGAAUCGUUUUCUCUUCAAAUUGACUGCCUGUCGCUUUUAAAACAAUUAUUUCCAUCAAUUUUCGGCGUGUUCGCAAUACUUAAUGUAUUGGUAUUACAUUCCAAUAAUAACACCGUUUUCAAAGGUUUCACCUACUAUACUUAUAUCAUUUAUAUGGAUAUAGUGCUUGACGUAGAAGUGUUUUGUAUACACAGUCUUCUACAUGAUCGUUAAUGAUGUAAAGAUGUGUGACUCUCUCUCUAUAUAUUUAUUGAUAAACAAUCAUUAUUCCCUACGUCUAGUCGCAAAAGUGCUCUUGAAUAUUGUGUUUGUUUAUUGUUGUUACAUUGUUGAUUUGUUUGUUUUGUUGAAAUGUUUUGAUAUGUAAAUAAAGAUAUAAUAUUA